AUGGUAUGCAUGGAUUUCUGGAAAGGAGCGUUUUGUACGUGCCCUGAAGGUGCCAAUGCGAUGCUCGGCGAUGAUGGGCAGCUCGUUGGAUGCGGUGAAACGUUGGCUGUGGCAAAAUUAGGCAUCAGUAAUCCGGCCAUUAUCUUGAUAUUGGUGUCACUGGUUUUGUUGAUAAUGCUAGUCAUGCUGAUGUUGGUGUAUGCUCGUCGUCAAACGACGCCGUUCGAAUCGGUUCGACCAGAAGAUCUGAAUCGUGAUAAUCUCCGACCGUAUGCCAUCGAAGGUGGAGGCGAAGCAGACAACGAUCAGUACUCGAUAGCGAACUUGCGGAAACCAGUAAUGCCCAUAGAAGGUAAUGGAAUAAUGGGUCCACCGGCGCCGAUGUACGCUCGACCGCCGAUCGAUGACAGGUUGCGAUCUCAACUACAUGAUCUGGAAUCAGAUCAAAAUGCGGCUCCGUUCGAUGAAAUUCGAAUUUACGAAGAUGAAAAGGACACGGUAUCGGUGGUGACGUUAGAAUCGCUCGGCUCAAUACCGGAGACAGAGCGACAACCUGUAAUGCUAGUCAUGCUGAUGUUGGUGUAUGCUCGUCGUCAAACGACGCCGUUCGAAUCGGUUCGACCAGAAGAUCUGAAUCGUGAUAAUCUCCGACCGUAUGCCAUCGAAGGUGGAGGCGAAGCAGACAACGAUCAGUACUCGAUAGCGAACUUGCGGAAACCAGUAAUGCCCAUAGAAGGUAAUGGAAUAAUGGGUCCACCGGCGCCGAUGUACGCUCGACCGCCGAUCGCGGCGCCAUGGUAUGCAUGGAUUUCUGGAAAGGAGCGUUUUGUACAUGUCCCUGAAGGUGCCAAUGCCAUGCUCGGUGAUGAUGGACAGCUCGUUGGAUGCGGUGAAACAUUGGCUGUGGCAAAAUUAGGCAUCAGUAAUCCGGCCAUUAUCUUGAUAUUGGUGUCACUGGUUUUGUUAAUAAUGCUAGUCAUGCUGAUGUUGGUGUAUGCUCGUCGUCAAACGACGCCGUUCGAAUCGGUUCGACCAGAAGAUCUGAAUCGUGAUAAUCUCCGACCGUAUGCCAUCGAAGGUGGAGGCGAAGCAGACAACGAUCAGUAUGUACGAGGUAGCGGAGACUAUGCGAAAGGUCAAGUAAUCCGCAUAGAAAGUCAUUUCUUAAGUGCAUCUGUUUUAGAUGACAGGUUGCGAUCUCAACUACAUGAUCUGGAAUCAGAUCAAAAUGCGGCUCCGUUCGAUGAAAUUCGAAUUUACGAAGAUGAAAAGGACACGUAUGCCGGGGUGGUGACGUUAGAAUCGCUCGGCUCAAUACCGGAGACAGAGCGACAACCUGUAAGUCGUUGGAAUCAUUGCACAGAACUACGCAGUGCCAAGGAAUAG